CCCUCGACCUCGAGUUAUAUACCAUUACUCUGAUUUAAACCCUGGGUUUAGGGUUUUUGUUGGCUCAACUCUCUCCGCUACUUCCCCUCCAUUCCCUCUCUGUCUUUCUCUUUAGAUAUAUAUCUCAAUCCUCUCCUGCUAAGAUCCGUUAAAUUUCCCCCCUUUUUUUUUGCCUUAGUCCCCUUUUUAUCACCAAAUUUAACACCUUUAGCUUUAUUGCAAUUUCAAAUUUUAAUGCUUUAACCAGAAAAAAAAAUUGUUGCGUUCUUACUCUUAUGUGGGUAUUAAAUGGGAAGAGGGUUGGCAACGUUUCUCUUUAGAAUAUAUACAUCUAAGAAAAAUGUUUCAAGAGUUAAAUUUAUGUUACCCAAUCGAUGUUUUCAUUCCUUUAGUCAGUUUGAAAACUGGGUUUCGGAUAAACACCCUUUUCUUCCACCUUCCGAUGUGCCCAGAAGAGAGUUUUCGACGGGUUUGGUCGGUUUAGUUGGUAAAGUUAAAGACAGUGGAGAUGCUAAUGUUAGACCUUUUUCCUCUGUUGUUGAAAAUGGGGACGAUGAUGGUGGUGGGGAGGAUGAUGGAAUGCGUGAUUCAAGAAACGAAAGAAGGAUGGACGGUAAGUAUAUUUUGAAUUCAGUUAAAAAUGUGAAUUUUGACAGUGCAAAUGAGCAUAAUGGUGUUGAUGGUUUCAAUGAGAAUGGUGUGUAUGGUUCAAAUGAUGUAGAGUUAGGACAUGGAAAUGAUAAAGACGAUAGGGAUAUUGUUGAUUUUAUGAAAAUUAAUGGUUUUGAUAGUGAACAUGAGAAUUCAGACGAGGAUGACAUUGAUGAUUUUAAGGAGAAUGAUGUGUGCGAUUCAAGAGCAGUUGAGUCUGAAUGUGAAUCUGAUGAUAUGAAUAGUGAUAGAACUGUGAAUGGUAAGCAAGUUACCUGUGAUCCGGUGGAACUGUAUCAGGAACUCCGUAAUAAUGAAAAUGGUGUAAAACUGAAUCGAUUCGAUUGGGAGACCAUACAGGAAGUUUUCAAAUAUUUCAGUAGAUCAGGGUGGGCCGCGAAUCAGUCACUUGCUAUUUACAUUGGCAGGUCAUUCUUCCCUACCGCUGUUCAUAAGUUCCGUGCAUUUUUCUUGGACAAAUGUUCUGCUGAUGUUACCGAACACUUGAUAUCACUUGGUCCAUCUAAUGCUGCUGUUAAGUUUCUUUUCCCUAUAUUUGUCGAGUUUUGUAUUGAAGAGUUUCCCGAUGAGAUCAAGCAUUUUAGAAGUAUGAUUCAAUCUGCAGAUCUUACUGCGCCACAUACAUGGUUUCCCUUCGCUCGGGCAAUGAAGCGAAAGAAUUAUCACUGUGGUCCAACGAAUAGUGGCAAGACUUACAAUGCUUUGCAGCGUUUUAUGGAAGCAAAGAAGGGAAUUUAUUGCAGUCCACUUAGGCUUUUGGCUAUGGAAGUUUUCGACAAAGUGAAUGCACAGGGAGUUUACUGCAGCCUCCUCACGGGGCAAGAAAAGAAAUUCGUCCCAUUCUCGAAUCAUGUUGCAUGUACUGUAGAAAUGGUGUCAACUGAGGAAUUAUAUGAUGUAGCUGUGAUUGAUGAAAUCCAGAUGAUGUCGGACCCAUAUAGAGGUUAUGCAUGGACGCGCGCAUUGCUCGGAUUGAAAGCUGAUGAGAUACAUUUGUGUGGGGAUCCAACUGUUCUCAAUAUUGUUAGAAAAAUCUGUUCAGAGACUGGAGACGAGUUGCAUGAACAUCAUUAUGACAGGUUCAAACCAUUAGUGGUUGAAGCCAAGACACUGUUGGGAGAUCUUAAAAAUGUUCGAUCAGGUGACUGCGUUGUUGCAUUCUCUAGGAGAGAGAUAUUUGAGGUGAAAAUGGCUAUUGAGAAACACACUAGCCAUCGCUGCUGUGUUAUUUAUGGCGCCUUGCCACCAGAGACUCGUAGACAGCAAGCUAAUUUGUUUAAUGAUCAAGAUAAUGAAUUUGAUGUGCUUGUCGCCAGUGAUGCUGUGGGAAUGGGAUUGAAUCUUAAUAUUCGGCGAGUUGUCUUUUACAGUCUUUCAAAGUACAACGGUGACAAGAUUGUUGCGGUCCCAGCAUCACAGGUUAAGCAAAUUGCAGGAAGAGCCGGUCGUAGAGGAAGCCGUUAUCCAGACGGACUCACAACAACCUUGCAUUUAGACGAUCUCGAUUAUCUAAUCGAGUGUUUAAAGCAACCCUUUGAGGAAGUUAAGAAAGUGGGUCUCUUUCCUUUCUUUGAGCAGGUUGAAUUGUUUGCUGGGCAAUUCCCUAAUGUUACUUUCUGCCAGUUGCUUGAAAAGUUUGGUGAAAAUUGCCGUUUGGAUGGCUCAUACUUUUUGUGCCGACAUGAUCAUAUUAAGAAGGUGGCAAAUAUGUUGGAAAAGGUCCAGGGAUUAUCAUUGGAAGACCGGUUCAACUUUUGUUUUGCUCCAGUCAAUAUUAGAGACCCGAAAGCAAUGUACCAUCUCCUUAGGUUUGCUUCGGCCUACAGUCAGAAUGUCCCGGUUAGCAUUGCGAUGGGCUUGCCAAAAGGUUCCGCCAAAAAUGAUGGGGAACUUCUUGAUCUCGAGACAAAACACCAAGUUUUAUCUAUGUAUCUUUGGCUAUCUCACCAGUUCAGGGAGGAAACCUUUCCUUAUGUGAAGAAAGUAGAAGAAAUGGCAGUCAGUAUAGCCGAAUUGUUGGGUAAGUCUCUCGUCAAUGCAUGCUGGAAACCGGAAUCUAGACAGCGAAGGAAACCUAAGCCUGAAGAAAAGAAAGAAGGAUACGAGAGACCAAGGUCACUUGUCAAGUUACAUGAGAAGUAA